CAGGGCGGUCAUUGGGCGGCGUGAUCGCGCCGCGGUCCCGCGGCCCUGCAGCCGCUGCCGCCGCUGCCAGCAGAGCGCACCCGCCGGGCCGGGCCAGUGGCCAUGGCGGGCACCGAGGACUGGCCGGGCCAGCAGCCGGAGCUGGACGAGGACGAAGCAACGUAUUGCCGGCGCUGGGGCGCGCAGCACGCCGGGGCCCGCGAGCUGGCCGCGCUCUACUCGCCAGGCAAGCGCUUCCAGGAGUGGUGCUGCGUGGUGCUGUGCUUCAGCCUCGUGGCCUACAACCUGGUCCACCUCCUGCUGCUGGCCCGCUGGGAGCACACGCCCCUCGUAAUGCUGGGUGUCGUUGCAGGGGCUCUCAUCGCUGACUUCCUGUCUGGCCUGGUGCACUGGGGAGCCGACACGUGGGGUUCCGUGGAGCUGCCCAUCGUGGGGAAGGCUUUCAUCCGACCGUUCCGGGAGCACCACAUCGACCCGACGGCCAUCACGCGUCACGACUUCAUCGAGACCAAUGGGGACAACUGCCUGGUGACACUGCUGCCACUGCUGCACAUGGCCUACACGUUCCGCACCCAGAGCCCCGAAGCCCUGGAGCAGCUGUACCCCUGGGAGUGCUUCAUCUUCUGCCUGAUCAUCUUCUGCACCUUCACUAACCAGAUCCACAAGUGGUCCCACACGUACUUCGGGCUGCCACGCUGGGUCACCCUCCUGCAGGACUGGCAUGUCAUCCUGCCACGUAAGCACCACCGCAUCCACCACGUCUCUCCCCACGAGACCUACUUCUGCAUCACCACAGGCUGGCUCAACUACCCUCUGGAGAGAGUGGGCUUCUGGCGCCGCCUGGAGGACCUCAUCCAGGGCCUGACGGGUGAGAAGCCUCGGGCAGAUGACAUGAAAUGGGCCCAGAAGAUCAAAUAACUCCUCCAGCCUGCUGCCUUGUUGCCAACCUUCCCCGGCCUCCCCAAACCGAAGCCAUCUGCCAAAUUCCAGCCUUCCUCGCGCUGGCCCCUCCAGGUGGAGAGGAUGCCUCCUGGGCUGGGCCUGGGCACCCCCGGCCCACCCUUUGUGACACAGAAUACUUGAGCCACUGAUUUUUAAUUUCCUUUUUUUUUUCCCCCGUUUUCUUUCCUCGGCCCCUCCCUAGCUACCUGAGCUGCUCUGUCUGCCAAGCCUGACUCUGCAGAAAAAGGAGCCCCUUGGGUGGAGCGGACGCUUGCCCCCACUCCCUACACUGCAGCCUCCCCCAGCCCCUCUGGGCAGCCCCCCUGGGCGGCCCUUCGGCACGGCUGGCCUUGGGGCGACUGAGUUGUCUUACUGUCCCUCUCUGUCUGCCCGCGGUGGUCUGGGAGCCCCCAGGCACACCCAAGUGUCCCUGGAGCUCCCCUGCCGUAGCUCUGCACACUGACCCCAAAGGCCUUGGUGGACAGCCGCGGCCCGGCCUGUCCAUUCACGGAUGGCCAAGUGCGGCAAGGGUCUGCGGGCAGGCGGCCAGAAGAGGCCAGAAUCCCCUCCCCAAGUCUGGACCCUCCCCUCCCCUCCCCCAUCAGCCCACGUGGUUCCAGCCGAGCGGAUGUUUCUAAGCGAAUGAAGGAUGACUUCACAGGGCGCGGCCGGCAGUGGGUCUCAGUCACUUGUAAGGGGACACAGUGCUCUUGCGGCCGGGGUCUGUCAGGGAAGGAAGAGUGGGGCUUUUCUCGUUUUGGUUUGUUUUUUUUUUUUUUAAAGGUGCUUGCUUGUUUAAUGUAAAUAAUAGAAAGCCUUAAUAUCUUUUCUGUAACAUGGAGUAAUAUUUUAAUGUCAUGUUUUGGAUGUACAUAAUAUAUUUAUAACAAAGCAGCAAGAGUCUACUUAA